GCGGGAGCUCGCCGCAGCAGCGUGAGUCCUUACGGUUCCGCCCCAGACGAUGACUGCAGUCGACCAACGUUUUCGGGUUUUGGUUUUGGGAUGACGGAAAGAAAUGAGGAGGCCGAAGGGUUCUGCAGGUUCUGCUUCUUAACGGGUUCGGUUACUUUACACAAAUACUCACCCGAAAAUCACUAACCAUCAACUAUGUAAACAUUCCCUCCUCUCUUCCUCUCAAAACAAAAGGGAAAAAAAAAAUGGAAAGAACUGAUUCAUCAAUUCCUCCCAUAAUAAUCUCCACCGAAUUUCUUCUAAAUUUACUCAAUAAUUACCAAAUGAAUGCAAUCCCUAAAUCAACUCCUUCUCUUUUUUUUCUCAAUCUCUCCUCUUCUUCAUCUUCAAUCCAAUGGAGAGCGCUCCCUUAUUCCCUGCCCUCACUUCAUCAUCAUCCUCCUCCUCCUUUCACUCCGCUGCCCUAUCCUUCACCCUAUCCGAUAACCAAUCUCAACUGGACAAUACUCAUGUGCCCAUUUCCCCAUUUGCCGACCCUCCGAUCCUCCCUUCGAUGAUUUCUCCAUUGAGGCAUUCCGUUGAACACCUUCAAGCCACUGUCCAUUCUCAUCAAACUUCCACCGAUGACUAUACUUCUGACGAUACCACGUUUAUGUCUCCUAGGAUGAGGAGCUGUGAUGUGUAUAUUGGGGUUUCUUCGUGUAAGAAGCGGCCUACGAUGGUUCGGUUCGUUAGGUGGCUUCGGGCUGAGCUUGAGAUGCAAGGCAUUACUUGCUUUGUGAUUGAUCGAAGUCGGUGUAGAAGUGCUCAUGAUCAUGGUGUUGCGAGGUCGGCGAUGGAUGUGGCUUCAUUUGGGGUGGUGGUGGUCAAUGAGAAAUCGUUCUCGUGUCCUUAUAGUAUGGAGGAGAUUCGAUUCUUUUUGGAGAAGAAGAAGUUGGUACCAAUAUUCUUUGGGCUUGCUCAAGUUGAAUGCAUUCCUAGAGAUAUCAUUGAAAAGAGAGGGGAUGUAUGGGAGAGAGAUGGGGGUAGGUUAUGGGAGGUAUGUGGUGAUCUGGAAGUUGAAUGGAGGGAGGCUAUAAAUGGGAUUUCACGGCUGAAUUUAAAGUUGGAGGCUAAUGCUAGUAAUUUGAGGGAUUGUGUAUCGGAGGCUGUGGUUAUUUUUGGAUCGGGGUUGGGGAGGAGGAGAGUAGUGGAGAGGGUGAAGAGUUGGAGGAAUAUGGCGGCUGAGGAGUUUCCUUUCCCUCGAAAUUCUAGUUUUGUUGGUAGAAGCAAAGAGCUUCUUGAGCUCGAGUUGCUAUUGUUUAGAGAUGUUGAAGGAAAAGACGAAGAGAGUAGAAAUCGAAGAAGGCAAAGAAUGGCUGAGGUGGUGAUGAGAGAAAGAGUUGUGAAAGAAUCUGAGGAGAGGAGGAGAAAGGGCAAAGAGACAUUAGUGCAGAAAGAGUAUGUGGAGGAGAUCAAAGCACAAGGCGAACCAAGAAAAGUAAAGUUAGAAUAUGGAAAGGGGAUAGCAUGUGUCUCCGGCGACUCUGGUAUUGGAAAGACAGAGCUUUUACUAGAAUAUGCAUAUAGGUUUUCUCAGAGGUACAAGAUGAUUUUAUGGGUCGGUGGAGAAUCAAGGUAUCUUCGUCAUAAUUAUAUGAAGCUACUUCCUCUUCUAGGAAUCGACACGGAUACGUUGAACAAGCUUUCUUCCGACAAGAAAGGGCCACAAAGCUUAGAAGACAUAGAAGAUGAGGCAAUUAGAAGGGUAAGGAAGGAACUUUCACGGGACAUCCCGUACCUACUAGUGAUUGAUAACUUAGAGGGGGAGAAGGAUUGGUGGGAUGGAAGGACAAUAAUGGGGCUGUUCCCUCGUUUUGGAGGGGCGACCCAUGUUUUAAUCUCUACCCGUUUGCCUCAAAUCAUGGAUAUCGAACCCAUGAGGCUUUUGUACUUGUCUAGUGCAGAGGCAAUGAUUUUAAUGAAUAGAAGCACUGUUGAUAUUGGCAUAGAAGAUGCUGAUGCACUAAGGAUUCUCGAGGAGAAAGUAGGGAGACUUCCUUUUGGUCUAGCACUUGUAGGAGCUGUACUUUCUGAGUUUGCAAUGAAACCAUCAAAACUCGUUGAUGCAAUUAAUAGUAUGCCAUACAAAGAAGUGACAUGGAAUAAAGGAGAAGAUCUUAUAUUGAAGCGUAAUCCUUUCCUCGGACAGUUAUUGGAAUUUUGCUUGUCAUUAUGCAAUCAAGAAUCAAAUAAGUUAGCAUUGCGGAUAGUUCAAGCUAGUAGCUUAUUUGCCCCUUCACCGAUACCUAUUCCAAUUUUAACUUUGGCUGCUAAGGAGCCUUCAAGAGAGCAUCAAAAUUCUCGGUUUUGGUUGAAGUCUCAAUGUAUGUCUAAGUGCAUGUGUAUAGAAACACACUGUGAAAAAAUUUCAGAGGUUGAGGUUUUGGCUAUGCUCUUGAGAUUGCGAAUUGCUAAGUCUACUACUAAAAUAGAUCACAUUUCUUUCCAUGAUAUCCUUAAGUUGCAUGCCUACAAAAAAGGCAAUAGUGGAAUUGCUCAUUCAGUUGUGCGAGCAAUAAAGUUUCAAGCAUCCAUCCCACAACACUCUGAGCAUGUAUGGGCUGCGUGUUUCUUACUCUUCAAAUUUGAUAUUGAUCAUGAAAUCAUCAAUAUCUCAAUUGAUGAUCUUCUAUCAUUCGUCGAGCAGUUUGUCCUCCCUCUUGCAAUGCAUAGUUUUAUUACAUACUUCCGUUGCAAUGCUGUUUUAGAGCUUCUUCGCCUUGCUACAGAAAAAUUUGAGGAACUAGAAAAUUCUUUCCUGGAUGAAGCCAAUAAUAACCAUAGUAGUUCAUCAUGUUUAAGGAGUUCAGGUUCUAUAUCAACUUUACAAUCUAACCCACUACUUUACCGGAAAUUCGCACACUUGAGAGCGACUCUUUUAGAAACAAGGGCAAAGAUUAUGCUAAGAGGUGGCAUAUAUGACAUCGGAGAGAGACUUUGCAGAACAGCUGUCAGCAUCAAGGAAGUUAUUUAUGGUUGGGAGCAUCCAGAAACAGUGUCUUGUCGCGAAACCCUUGACAAAUUUGUUACCCUUCAACGGACUUUUUAGUUCAUUGUACUUUGUAUAAUUUUGUACUGUCAAUUGCCAAUAAGGCACCCUUAAAUAGGCUGAGCUUCAGAUCCUGCGUAUAACUGGAUUUGAUUUAGAAUUUUUUUCUUCAUGCAAAGUUUGAAGAUAUAUGGAAUGCUAAUUUUUCUAUCAAGCUGAUUCAUUCGUCACAUUUUUCAUUAUAAAACAUUGAUACCCAAAUAUCUAGUAAUUUUGAACCGGAUAUGAGUUAUGGAUCUUUGUUAACUCAACUGGAUCAUAUUCAACUUUUUUUGUUAAAGCUAUUAUAGAUUUAUUUUUUUCCUUUUAUAGAUAGUAAGUUGAUUUCCUUUUUUACUUCAAUUCCUUUAAAGUUCUUUCUUUUCUAGUCGAAUCUUUUUCUUGAAUUGGAAUUGCUGCGGCUUGAAAGAACUUCAAUUUUCUUUGUUUUCAUGAAAUUGAGGAGAGCAUAGGAACAUUCCUCCAGCUCACUCUUGAAGGAGUUACGUCUUGGAGUAAAUGUAAGCUAUAGUGUCUACGGCAUUGUUGACGAUGUGGAGCUUUUGGAGCGGCCGUAGGAAUGCCACCUUAAAGGGAGAAGCCCAUGCAGAGAUAAGCCAGCAGAAUCAUCAUAAAUGACUCCCAACUUCUGAAGAAAGAUCAAAUAAUUUCUUAAUUGUUAAACAUGCUCUCUAACUAUUCAUACACAUAUGUUUUGAAUUACCUUUACCAUUAGCAUACGUUCUGUAUGCUAUAUUUGUUCUGUUGUUUAUUCCUUUGCUUGCAUGUGUAUGUAUGUUUCUUUGCAUAUUGGCUUUAAAAAUAUCUUAUCUUCAUCAAUAUAUAGGUAAAUUGCACUAAAUACAAUAUAGUUUCCCGCUUGUUGCACUUAAAUACCACAAGUUGUAUUUUGGUGCAAAAAAAUACCAUAGAGUUUCCAAAUUUUGCACGUUACUACCAUCGAUCAUGCAAAUGUGAAAAUUUCACCCGAAUGUUUCUCUAUAUACUUACAUGCUAAUUAUAGAGAUAAUAUCUAUUGAAUUUUCUAUUAAAUUACCCAAAUUUCUUUUUCGAACUUAUCUUAACAUUCAACUUUAAAAUAGAGUUAAGAUAUUUCUAAAUAAAAUUUAAAAAUAUUAUUAGUUAAAAAGCUCUAAAAUUCGUAUAUAAGUGUCAUAAAGAAACAUUCUGGUGAAAUUUUCCAUGUUUGCGUGAUCGAUAGUAGUAACAUGCAAAUUUUGGGAACUUUAUGGGUUUUUUUUGCACCAAAAUACAAUUGUGGUAUAUAAGUGCAACAAGCGGGAAACUGUAUCGUAUUUAAGUGCAAUUUACCCCAUAUAUUCCCUCAUACUGACUGUUUUGUAUUGAAUCCAUGCACACAUUAAUUGGUUCACGUGCUGUUUUUCUCUUUUCCACUCUUCUUGGAACUUAGAGGUCAGCGUAAUCCACCAUGAAAAUUCCUCACGGUACUUCAGUAAAAGACCAGAUUCAAACCAGUUACCUCCUUUGUGUCAUUCAUAUCCCUACCAACUCUUCCUAGUUCAUAUAGAUGCAAAAAUGUUACGAUAUACAUUUUAAUGUUUGUUAUGGAGCAAGGACCAAAAACUUCUUAUACCGGGGUUGUUUUUAAUUCCCUUAUUUCGUGCAGACACGUAUGUGUUCACACAUGACAGGGCUUGUUCUCGCUAAUCAUUAAAUGGAAUGAGUAGUAUCUGAGCUGAAUGAUAUUUCAGUUUUCCUUUUGCUGCUUCUUUACUAAUUCUUUUUUUCUCAUUAAAGUUAAUUGAUGCACCUAAUUGAGAGUACAAGAUUUCUUUGCCUUAUAAUAUUUUUCCAAAUAUAUGUGGAGGUUAGUUUCCUGCAUAGUCAUUAACAUGUUUGUAGAGCAUUAUAACCUGAACUGUCUGUCUGGAGAACGUUUAAAUUUUUCAAGCUAUUAAAAGAGUUUGAUUACUUCCUUUUGUAGAACUUGCUUUUCUCAAUUGUCUCAUUAUGAUAUCAGCUUUCAUUGGUGUACUUAAUAGUAAACUAUAUCUCCAUAUCAGCUUUCAUUGGUGUAUUUAAUAGUAAAUUAUGUCUUCAUCACUAUCUUUUUCGCUCUUGGUCCAUCAUUUAUCAUCUUCUCAAUUGCCUGUAUUUGUCAUCUUGAACAUGACUAGACAACAGCCGCCUCUUGUUACACUGUGUAAAUGUCUAAGAAAUCAAAUUUAAUGACGUUUCAGCAAUGGCAAAGACAGUUUCUUUUCUGGUAAUGACAUUUCUUAGAUACUAUAUUCAUUUGCUCGUUUAACUGGCGUGACGAAUCUGUGUUUGUUCUGAGAUGACUAUGUAUUAGACUUCCCAGAUGCACUAUGCAUGUUCUUUCCUGUCCAACACUUACAUGUGUGUAAAUCAAUAUUUACCUUUAAUAUAUGUAUAUGAUGAAGAAUUAAGGAUGUGUAACCACAAGUUAAUAGUUUGUUCUGAACUCAUAUCCAUAUUUUGACAAAUAUCUAUAAAAAAAUUUGUUCUGUGAAGUACGGAUACAAAGCUAGAUAGAUCGCCGAAUAUUCAAAAGCAUGUCCAAAUAUGCAAGAUUGUUUAUGAAUGCAACUAAUAAUAUAUAUAGUAUUUCAUAAUGUGACAGAAAGAACUUUUUUACUGCAUUAUACAUUGAACUUGACACAUUGUUUUCUCGGAAAACAUUGUUCUGACCAACAAUAUCUGGUCAUUAUCAGAAUCUAGUCCAAAUUCGAAUCUAUUUUUUUUAUGAAACAUGGAUAAAGAGUUUACUAUUCUGACAAUAUUUGUAUCCAUAUCUGUUGAUGCAGAGAGAAAAAGAAAAGAAAAAAAAACAAAUCAGCUUAACACAUGGAAGAUGAUGAGAGGAGGGACCUCCAACGUUCUUGCUGAUGGAAUUGAGCAACAACCUGUUAGAGGAUGGUUUCCCCGAACUCGUCAACUGGAUAUCUUAUUUGUUAUGCAAGGGUGCAUAUCGCACCCUGCCUAUGCGAGGAAACCAUAACAUCGUGACUGUCUCCCAAGUGUGCGGACCCAAAUAUGGGCCAUGAACCACACAGCGAGGUUACGGUUCUUUUCCAUGUGAAGUAUGUAUGUUGCACUUCUGAAGUAUAUAUGUUGUACUUCUGACAAACAACCAACUAAUUUGUAAUGAUUUUAGGUUUUUCUUUUGUGUAUAUGAAAAACAGCCCAAAAUUAUAGUCAUAUAAAUGAAGCAUGCAUGUCUUCAGAAGGAUAGUGCAUAUGUUGUCCUGUCCUUAUGUCUUGAUUUUGGACAAUAGCCAUGUCUGACGUCUUGUCCAUGUUUUUUUAACCCGGAACUUCUUCAUUUGGAAAUCUUAUAUUAUUUGUUAUGCAAGGGUACAUAUCGCACACUGCCUAUGCGAGGAAACCAUGCCAUCUUUGCCGUCUCCCGAGUGCGUGGACCCAAUUAUGGACCACGAACCACACAGAGAGGUUACGGUUCCUGUCCAUGUCUCUUUGUCAUAGGGAAUUAUUGCAAGAUUCUAAUCAAUAGACUUUUGAUGUAGUUCCUGGUUGCAUGAGUUGAGUCUACACCAGUAUUGUUUACCCAUUAACUGCUUUGUUAAUUUGCCUCAAUCCCAUAGGUUUCUCGAGAGAGCAAAAAACAUUUCCAUUGAGAAUCAACACUGACACUAAUAGAAUUUCUGUUCUUGAUAGUCUCCGAUCUGACUGGAAAAGGCUUUGGAUGACAGAGUGACCCCAAUAAUGGUGAUAAUCUUGGACAAUGUAAAUGGCUUCUGGAUUGAGUCAAGGAUGGAAGGGCAGGCACUGACUUCCUCUGGGGGCUGACUUUCUAUUUCCAGUUUAACAUCAAAUUGUCAAAACCUUAACUUUUGAGACAUUUUAGAUGCCCGCUUCCCUUAAUGGUUUGUUUAUUUUAGCAACACAUUCUUAAAUUAUGAAAGGCGGUGAGUUUUUCUUAUAUGAUUGAUGAGAUUAAUUUUGAUCAUAUAAGCUUCGCAUUGUUCAAGUUUUCUGGCAUGUUUCUAGGCUCUGUUGUUAAAAAAUUGAUGAGUUCAGUGACUGCUAGCUGGUCUUUAUUUUAAGAAGUUUAGCUUGAAUUUUAUAAGCAUUUGAAUAGCAAAAAGACUGAAGCUAAAGGUUAUUGUAUUUAUGUCAUGACUGAUUUGCCUGGAGGCCUCGACUAUGGCAUGGACAUCACUAAAAUGAGAUAUUUGUUUAAAUGGGAGAAAUCAACUUGUAUGUAUGUGUUUAAGCCAUGGUUCUAAUGAGGAGUUCUAGUUGUCAUCGGAUUGUACUUAACUAAGAAGGAAGACAUUGAUGACUUGACUUAUCCAACGUAGCAACCUCCAAAUUUAAAAUGAUUAACUACAUGACUUAACUUUUUUAGUUGUGUGAUUGGCGAAUGUCUAUGUUGUAUGGACAUGGAUAUGCCAGUAUGGACAUGAUGCAUUGAUACAUGUGCCAGACAUUUAUCCAACGUGUCAUGCUUCCUGAUAUCAGUUAGGUAAAACAGUGUUUAGGAAAGUUUGCAUAUGGCAAUGAGCAUUUUUAGAAUGAUCAAAAUGAGGAACAUUCUGCAGUCGACAGAAACUAGUAUUGCAGAGACACUUUUAGACCCUACCUUUGAUUUGCAUAAUUUAAAUACACAUCGAACAAGUCAUAUAAUCAUGGACACACUGUACACAUUGACAAAGGACAUUGAAAUUUAAGCAAUAUUAGAAGAAAAACCUCAGAGUCUGUGGACAAACUAAAUAGAAGAUUCAUAAUUUGUGCAUGACGGGUACUAUGUGUCUGUCUUGUUGACGUUAAAAAAAUUGCUAGUAAAUUAUAUGGUUACUUAUCAUCUUGCCUUCAUGGGUACCUUCUAGCAGAGAAUGUAAAGAUAGAAAUUAACCCAUGCUUUUUCUUUUUUGAAUAUUCGUACGAAAUAGCACUUAAACAUCACAUUGGCCCCUAGUCCAAGUCUGCACUAAAGAAUCAGUUCAUACAGAACCUUCGUGGGAGGGUCAUCCUUCUCAAUCUUGCUCUUUACUGUUUAACACCAUUAUACUUCGAUGGGGAAGUGAAACUGUAUAUCUAGGAAUUCGAUAAUCUAGGCAAGCGUAGAAUGAAAAUUAUUUCAUCAUAAUAAUUUCACCAUUAAUGUUCCCUACCACAUUUUCUUUUCUUCGGAAUAAUUUUUUGAUGGCCACCAAGUUCGAAGGGUCUAACUCCGUAUGCAGGAACUUAAUAAUCUAGGCAAGUGUAGAAUGAAAAUUAUUUCAUUGUAAUAAUUUCACCGAUAAUGUUCCCUGCCACAUUUUCUUUUCUUUGGAAUAAUUGUUUGGUGGCCACAAAAUUUGAAGGGUCUAACUCUAUAUGUUUACAUGUCCAUGGAUAGAUAGAGCAAUGUUUCCAUCCUUCUUGAACCUCAUUCAUCGCUAUGACUAACGCAGUUAGCUUUUUCAUUCGUGCUGACUACUAUUUUGUGGAAUUAGAAUAUUUGUACUGUAGUACACCAAGUUUUGCCACAGAUAAUGCUGGCAGUAAAUACUAUGUAUGACUUCUUCCAUCUUCAACCAGGUUUUAAAGCAUUUGAACUAUAAAAUUAGAUUUUAAUCUUCGGUCGCUAGCAUGCUAAGUAACCUUUUAAAGCAAGAGUACUUUUAUUAUACCCCAUGCGCAUUCUUGACAUGAGUAAGCAGUUCUACGUCAUUCUAUUUUGUUUCUUAAUACCAGUAGUACCACUGACACCACUUUAGUUCCUUUUUUUCAGUCGUAGAUAUCCUGGAACUCCAAAACUAUGUUUGAGAUAUGCAGUUUUCUUCCUGUGGAAGUAGUUACAUCUUACUUUAUCCUCGCCGCACAUUUUCUUUUUUUUUCUUUUUUUUUCCCUUUUAUGAUAGUUGCAGUGGGACUUUAAUCUUGCUGUGGUGCAUCAAUGCCAUCUAACGGAAUUACCAGCUAUAGAUGACAAUGCAAUUGGUAAGCUUGUAUGUGAGUCAACCACUAUUCUUCAUGUGUUUGUGAUAUGUUAAAAAUUACAAAUGUUGGAAGGCAAAGCAUCUGAAAGAAUCUAUAGCUGGCCUUUUCUUAGAAUCAUGAGUACAAGGCACAAAAAUGGAGGCUUUACUCACUAGAAGUUCUCCUGUGAUGAUAAAUGAUUAAAUGUGGUAUUUUAACAGUGACUAAGUCUCCAUAGAAAUGGUGGAAGAUAUAUUCCAUAUUAACCUUUCAACAUCAAGACCUUCACUGGAUUAAUGGUGUUCCUACCUUUUCUUUUUCUUUUUUCUUUUCUUUUUUUUUUCCGAAUCAGAACUUAGUCUGAUCCAUAUGUUAAUAAAUUUAAUCACUUAAUGUCUAAUGUAUUUUUACUUGUUCCUUUUUUAUUGUCAUAAACAAAAAAAAAUUUUGAUAACUGAGCCCGGAAUUGAACCCAAGACCGUGAGAGUCAUAUUGGAAUAUCCCAACCAUCCGAUUCACCUGCAGUAGGUAUUAUAAACAAAAGCUUCAAUAUUAGUAUGGCCUAUAUAAACACUGCUUGGUCAAAAAAAAAAAUUUAAUAUGACUAGAAUAUGAUUUCGCAAAGGAGAUGAACAAUAAGAGAACUGCUGGAUCCAUGUCUUUUUUUUAAAGUUGAUUCAUGGAAGUUGUACAUAUGAAGUUACCCGGUCAAUAUUAAUGCUUCAACUUGGGGACAAUUCAUGGGAAAAAGUACACCCAGCGAUAUCAACCAAUUGCAAGUGGUUUAAGUAAAACGAACUUACAAGAUAUACAAGAUAAUCCAUGUACUGCAAUCUGUUCAUAGCAAUGAAUAAAUUAUUCUGAUUUUUUUUUUUUUUGUUGGUCCAGAACUUUGAAGAUUUAAGGAUGUUAUAAGACCGCCCCGAACCCUUUUAAUAGACAAAUGAUGUAUGUUGGUUACACUAAAAAUAGAUUGCUUCUGCAUAUAAUAGUUCAUCUUUUUAACUUAACGAGCUCAAGAGAUUUAUUGUGUUCUUUUCUUCUGGAUUGCGGAGGUACUUUUCUACGACUCUAGUCAUAGAAUUUAAAUUCAGCAAUUCGACCCUCGUCUAGCUGAGUUAUCAUAUGUUCACUUAGUAGUUAUCUAGUUGUGAAUCACAACAGCUUGGCGUAAACUUCAUAUUUAUAUGGCAGUCAUUUUAACCAACUUAUAUAUUAAUAAGUAUUAAACUACUGUAGCAAAUCUGUGGUGUUGCUCUUUCCAACUUUAGAGAAACAAUUCCAGGCUCCAGUUUGCUUGUGAAUAGAAUGCCUAUAUACACAUUCCCUUGUCAACAAUAAUGGGUUAAAAAACUUUGUAUAAAGAUUGGUUUAUUCGUGUCCUUUUUUAUUGUGAUUUUAUGGGACAAACCAUGGAAGUCACAAAGAAACCUAUGAAGAAAAGUAAAAGAUGGUCAAGACUUGUUGAUAUUAGAAUUCUUAUUUACUAGAAAAUUUCUUAAUAGUUUUACUGUAAAGUAAAAAUUAUUAGUUCUAAUAUUUCGAGGAUAUCAUAUUGUAUAACAUCAAGGUGAUGACAAUCUAACACUAUCGAGAUAUUUAUAUAUGAGAAAUGUGACUUAUAUAUUUGAUAAAAUCGCAAGGUGAAUAUAAGUAUUUUAGUUUAUUCUGAAUCUCGCUGUCACCUGAUUCUUCUUUUUUGUUUUUUUGUUUUUAACCAGAAGAAGAGGAAGGCCAUGCCUUCUCCGUGAAAAUUUGGAGUAACAUUGUCUCUUACUUUUUGGUGCCUUAGCAAACCCAGGAUUUGGAUUGGCACCGUCUUGGACCUUCUGUUGAGCUGGGAAAUUGAAGGAAACACACAUUAAUUCUCUAGUUUUCAGAAACUGUGAUCUGAAAUAGCUCUACUAAACAAUAACACAAAAGUAUUCUUUGUACACAGAUUAACAAGCAUAUGAAUCUUUAAUUAUGAAAUCAGUCACUUUAUUUACAUUAGAUGGCUUGGUUCUUAAUCUCUGUUGUAUGCGGGUUAUCCCUGAAUCUCCCUUUUGUAAAACCAAAGAACAUGAUAUAUUGAGUGAUUAAGAUAGAGGAAAUAUAUAGUAAUAUUAUACCUAUUUAUCACUUGGUAAAGAUCUAAGAGGUGUAAACAGGCAUUUGAUUAUUAAAGGACUAUACCAUAGUGUAGCUAUACUCAAGUUGUAGUAUGUCUUUUCAGUAUCUAAUUUAUAUGAAAGGAAAUUCCUAUUAUAUGUGAAUCUAAGGAAAACAUAAGUGAAAACUAAGCGCUAAAAGGUGCUGUUUUUCUUAUUUAUUUAUUUAUUUUCUUUCUGCAGUUACUCUGAAGAAUGGGUGGAUGGAAGCUGAGGAAUUGCGCGAGACGUUGUGCAUCUUGACCGUGGCUUUCUUGAGAAACCUUCUGUAUCGUGAGGAGUUCUUCCCUCGCAAAAUGUAUGUAGUUGGAAUAAACAUAGUGUUUGUUGUUGAGGUGGAAGCAUCUUUUAGUGUUCAUGGACUCUCUUGGUCUGUCCUCUACAGAGUUUGCAUAAAUUUUGUGAAGACAUCUUUUCCCGUCUUUGUCAUGAAAGAAAGUGUGCCUUAAAGAGGGUCGUACA